CCUCGAACGAAUGAAAGUUGAAAGGGGGAAACGCAGGUGACGAAAGUAAGUCGCUACGGAGUCAAAAGACACCCCGUAUAUACGCACGUUGGUGUGCAACGCCGUGAGUUUGUAUCGUGUGCCGAUACACCAAUACGUCGUAUGGUCGCGAGAGACGGAGAAACGGCGGCAGACGGAGAAAGAAUGAGAAGAAGAAGAACGGGAGAGUCGAGUCGAGUCGAGUCGGCUGUUGCCGGCUGCGUGUUUCCCCUCCUCGAUCCUCCGGGUACCCCUCCUAGGCUGUGCCCCUCCAGCUUGUGCGCUUCAAUCACCCCACGUCCCUGCGGCGGGUCGCCAUAUUUCCCCCUCUGACCUCUCCGCACCCUUGUACAGCCGUGAGUCGAGUGGUCGGCACCGUCCUCCCCCCGGCUCCCUCGUCCACCUUCUCCUUCCCCCUCUAGAUUCGCCGUCUCGCUCUACCCCCCUCUACCCUCGGCUCCUCUCGUGGCGUGCCACGACUCGUGGCGAAGUUUUAGCGUCGCCUACCUCUACUCGUGGCGUGCCUACAACUCUUAGCCGGAUCUAUUACGCGCAGUUUUCGUGUUCGUGUAACGUUUCGUCUUCGUAAUUCCACGCCGUGCGUUUUUUUUUUCACCCGACGUUCCACUGUUCCGGUGGGUUCCGGCGAUCGAGCGCCAGUUUGCCGAGUACCGCGAGUUUUGCAGUGUAUUAAUACCAGCACGGUGUGAAACUGCUGACGUCGGUUUGUCGAGCCUUUUUAACGCGUCGCGCGUGUGUCUCCCGAGGAAAGAGCGUCGUUUUUCGACGCGGUUACCGAAAGUUCGCGGAUCCCUCGUGUCCGAUUCGCGUCGCGUCAUCUCCUAACCUCCAAAACGUAUCGCGGUUCGCUCUCGUGACAACCGAACGCCGGCGGCUGCGUCCUGCCCAUCUGUAUGACGUUGUCUUCGAUUCGACAUUCACGCGACGUUCUCGCGCGUUCGUUUGCAUCACUUGGCGCGUAGUGCGUGCGCGGAAAUCAUCGAUCUCCGUUUUCGAGAGUGACCGUCGCCGAUUGUCCUUUUUUUUCGCGUACGCUCCGUGGAGCCUGUGACCGUUUGUUGUGUUUUUGUGCCAAGGAUAGUUCGCAGCGUGUGCUCACCGCCGAUCCCCCCGAUCUCCCCGAUCUCUCAGGAAGCUCCGUUUUGGAUACGAUCUUCCCAGUCCUUCUCACCGAUCGCCGUCCUACCGUUUGCACGGUAGGUCUAGUAAGCAAUAAAUUGAUUUGUGUUCUGUGCACGAAGGGAAAGUACGUGCGAAGAUUCUAGACAGUAUGAUGAUGGCAAACGUACCCCCAGUUAUGCUGCCAACCCUAACCGACUAUGGAAUGCUGACUCCGACCCUCGGAAUAAAGAGGGGUAGCGACGAACUUCUGUCGCAGAGCGGAGCAGUUAGCAAUGGUGCUGCAAUGAGUCCACAACCACAUCACGCCGACAACAACAAUGACGCCAAGAAGGUUAAACUCGACAAGAGCCACAAUGGCAAACCGUCGAGAGUCAUUCAUAUCAGAAACAUACCGAACGAGGUGUCAGACUGUGAGAUCAUCCAUCUUGGUGCACCCUUCGGACGUGUCACUAAUGUCCUCGUCCUCAAAGGCAAGAAUCAAGCAUUUUUGGAAAUGGCGGAUGAGAAUGCUGCGGCAACGAUGGUGAGCUACUAUGCCUCCUGCAUCGCCCAGCUCCGUGGCAGAGCAGUCUACGUACAAUUUAGCAAUCAUCGGGAGCUCAAGACGGAUCAGACACAUACUAACAAUGCGAACUCGAACAACCAGGUUGCACUUCCUGGACAGAAUCAGGUGGCUCAGACGCAAGGGGAGACCCAAGGGGGUCCGAACACGGUUCUCAGAGUCAUCGUGGAACAGAUGGUUUACCCAAUUUCUCUGGACGUGCUCUAUCAGAUAUUCACACGUUUUGGCAAAGUCCUGAAAAUCGUCACCUUCACGAAAAACAGUACUUUCCAGGCAUUAAUACAGUACGCGGACAUGCUGUCAGCGCAAACUGCAAAACUCUCGCUGGAGGGCCAGAACAUUUACAAUUCCUGUUGCACGUUGCGCAUCGAUUACAGCAAGAUGCAGAAUUUGAACGUGAAAUACAACAACGACAAAUCGAGGGAUUAUACCAACCCCACCCUCCCCACCGGUGACGCAAAUUUGGACGCGGCGUCGCUGGCUCUGGGCGGUGAGCUUCUUCCACAAUUGCUGAUGGGUGCUGGAUCGCAACCACGAGCUAGAAUACCUGAUACUAUUGACCGGGGAAAUGUUCUCAUGUGGUUUCAUAACGAGGAUCGAAACGUUCAAGGACAACAGACUUACAGGGCACCGGGUGUGCUUCCUACGCCCUUCGCGGCCAUGCACGGUCUACCCUCGCCCUUGGCCGGGCCCUACAACGGGGUACCGCCCGCCGGAGGACUGGCUGGCCUCGGUGGUUUCCCCCUCGGAGCUGCUGGCCUCGGUGUACGCGUGCCAACCAACACGCAAACCUCCGCGGUGUUGCUCGUCAGUAACCUGAACGAAGAGAUGGUCACGCCUGACGCUCUCUUUACCCUGUUUGGCGUUUACGGGGAUGUACAGCGCGUGAAAAUUCUCUACAACAAGAAGGACUCGGCUCUGAUUCAGAUGGCCGAACCUCAUCAAGCACAUUUAGCACUGACACACAUGGACAAGUUGAGAGUGUUUGGGAAGCAGAUCAAAGUGAUGCUGAGCAAACAUCAGACAGUUCAGCUGCCAAAGGAGGGCCAGCCGGACACUGGCUUGACCAAGGAUUACACCAACAGCUCUCUGCACCGAUUCAAGAAACCGGGCUCGAAAAAUUACCAGAACAUCUACCCGCCGAGCUCGACUUUGCAUUUAUCGAAUAUCCCUGCUACAGUGUCCGAAGAGGAGAUCAGGGAUGCUUUCACCAAGAAUGGUUUCACUGUGAAGGCUUUCAAGUUCUUCCCGAAAGACAGAAAGAUGGCCCUUAUACAGAUGCCCAGUAUGGACGACGCGGUCGCUGCUUUGAUCAAAAUGCACAACUACCAGCUGAGCGAAUCCAACCAUCUGAGAGUGUCCUUCUCGAAGAGCAACAUCUAACAAGAGUCACAAUCAAACGAUCGACAGUGGUACCAGCCCUACGCCCUAGUCCCGUUUUGGUCACCUGGCUCAGUAUACGGCUGAUGGUCGGCGCGAUGGGUCCAGUCGGUCGGUCGUACGUUCCUGCAGGGGCUGCAACGCCAUUGACUGGCCACCUUUGAACCGCGCUUAGCUCGAGAAAACAAAAAAAAAAACAAACAAACGCAGCACGAAGUGGGGUGGAGGGGAAGCGAACGUCUUCCCUCUGGACGUAAAGAAGCAACCGCGAACCGACAUCCUGUAACCCAGGGGGGGUGAGACUCGUCUCGGCGACAACGUGUACGUGUACGGUACUUCGCCGGCCUAACCGGAAGUACGCGACCCCCCGGGUCUCUUAUACUCAAUUUUCUCGCAUUCGAUUCUCGCGGACGGCUAGGGGGUGGGUACGACAAUUUCAACAGGCGAAACAGGAUUAGGGCUGCGGACACCACACGCGAGACGAAAACAAAAGAACAGAAAAAAAGAGAGGUCCGAGUCUCCGGAAAGUGUAGAUCGCGCGACCGGUCGAGUCACGGGUAAGAAACGACCCGGAGAGAAAGAGAGAGAUAGGGACACCGUGACCCGAGGAUCCCGGGACAGGCGAACGAGAGAAAAGCAUAUUUCUGAAGGGAGGAGAGGAGAGACUAGGAUUAGAAAAUGGGUACGAAAGGAAAAGAGGCUCUCGUCGCAGAGUCGAUCUUUAAAUGAUAAGGUAUGUAUAUAUAUACGCGUUAUAUAUAUACAUACAGGAAUAUAUACAUAUAUUAUAUAUUUUACAAUCGUAACGCCAAGCCUACGGCACCUUCAAACUGAAAUAACGCGUUAAGGGUUUUUAAAGUUAAAAAAAAAAAACGGAUCCGGGGGAUCAGCUGUUCCCCUCCCCCCGCGUUAGAUCGAUCAAAGAAAGCGUCUUUGUUUAGCUUGUAAGAAGAUCGUCGACGUUCUCUGUCGGAACGAACGAAGAAUGACGAGCGAGGUUGAAAGUAGGGGGCGCUCAGGGGUACCCAAGGGUACCAGAGGCUGUACCCCUCGAUGGAACAGAACACGGAACGGCUUAACUGUCGGGCACUAAGAUUUAUUGUUAAGGCUAAUACGUCAACGGGACCCUUCAGCGACACUUUAAGCGAGACGCUCGCGCCCUCUCCCUCCCCGUUGGACGAUCCUGUGGAUCUUUGGGAUUUGGGAGGGACAGGGGCCCGGUGGGCGAUCGUCGAGAGUCCACUUCCGCCACGCGUCGCAGCCGGUGCUUAUCCCGUGGGCCACCCGAUCUUUUUCGUUUUUUUUUCUCUUUUUUUUUUUAACACUUUACCGACCGGUAGAUUAAUCGGCUAUCGGUCGGUAAGCGUUAGCCGGUAAAACAGUUGAUUGAUAGGCUAUCGGUCGGUAAGCGUUGGCCGGUAAAACAGUCGGUUAAUAGGCUAUCGGUCGGUAAUGUGUUAAGGUGUACCUUCAGUAUUCAGACGUGAUCGACUCUGAUCGCCACCGGUGGCCGUCGUACGUCGUAGCAAGGUGGUAUUUUUAUAAUUUGUAUGUUCGACGAUAAGUAUUAAUCACACGGACAAAAACACGUUACACGUUACACGUACAUAUACACAUGGACACACGUACACAUGGACACGUUCAGACGCAGGUUUCUUAGACGAUAGGUGCUUAGGAUUGUGUAGAAUCUUUAAUCGUAAUAAUAAGGGUUAAAAAAAAAAAAAACCACUAUAAUGACAACCCGUUAACAUAUCGAUAAUUAAUACAAACAUAGAAGGGGGGGCUAGAAAGAAGAAACACUGUAUGGGGGACGAUGGAUCGAGCGUUCCCAGGGGGGGACGGACUCGCAAGGCCUACCGGAUGCCGGAUCCGGCGCGUGUUCAACCUCGUUGACGAUUAGUUCCUGAUCUCCAAGCAUUCCUUUCGACAAGGCGUUUAGGACGUAUCAAAAGGGAACUAUAAUAGAGAUGAGAAGGAGGGUCUGUUGUGUUUGAACCGCUAGCGUCGUGUAAGAUAAUAAGGUAAAUUUACGAUGAAACUAUGAUACACACAAGCCGUUAACGUAGCCGUUAAUACGCAGAGCAUCAAUAUUAUAUAUAUAUAUAUAUAUAUACAUAUAUGUAUAUGUUAUUGAGAAGAAAGGGAAGAACGUUUUGAAAGGGGAGAGAGAACGAGGAGGAGACGCGUGACGAGUUUUGUAUAGCACAAGGGACUAAGCUUAGACGCACCUCCCCCAAAAACCGGAACAUUAAACAUACACACAUACAUGUAAUUGUACACUGAUCGCGAGGAAAAGAAGAAAAAAAAACAGUUUAUCAGUAGUGUCGUAGCGUCGUGAUGAAUGGGCCUCCGGCUGAACGUCACGAAUCUCGUAAAAAAAACACAUUUAAUUGGUGAUUAGGCUUCGCGACGUUUAACGGAAGCCCGACGAUUUUUGUCUAAUCGACGUUCUCUUGGAGUCAAUUAAAUCUUAUUAAUAUACGUAUCGAUCGUAGA